UAUUAAUUAUUGAACCAGAUGAGGGUGGGCUCUAGCUUAGACUGGAGACUGGGCUCCCUGAAAGAAACAUUUUUCAAGGCAUGAAGACUUCAUCUGGGCACAGGAGGAGUGAUCUUCCCAAAGAGGAAAAUUGGUCCUAAUUAAAAAAACAACAACAAAGGUGACCAUAGUAAACACGGGAAUAGCACAUGAAAUAGCGGGAAUUUAGGAGCACUGCUGGGAAGAAGUACUUGAGGAAAUUGUCCAGGACUCAAGAUGUUCGCUGUGCAUUUGCUCUCAUUUUAUUUUUCAAAACUGAAGGAAGACCAAAUCGCAAAGGUCGACCGGUUUCUGUACGCCAUGCGCCUGUCGGACGACCAGCUCCUCGACAUCGCCGCGCGUUUCCGGGCGGAGAUGGAGAAGGGGCUGUCGAGCGAAAGCUGCGCCACGGCGGCGGUCAAGAUGCUGCCCACUCACGUCCGCUCGACCCCUGACGGAUCAGAGAAGGGUGAGUUCCUGGCGCUGGACGUGGGAGGUUCGAAGUUCAAGGUGCUGCAGGUGAAGGUGUCUGAUGCCGGGAAGAGGACUGUGGAGAUGGACAGCAUCACCUACCCCACUCCAGAGGAGAUCCGCAGUGGCAAGGGCACAGAUCUCUUUGACCAUGUUGCUGAGAGCUUGAAGGACUUCAUGCAGAGGAAACACAUCAAUCAGAGGAAACAGCCGCUGGGGAUCACAUUCUCCUUCCCCUGCAGACAGUCGAAACUGGAUGAGGGAGUCCUGCUGUCAUGGUCGAAGAACUUCAAAGCCAGGGGGGUUCGAGGCACAGAUGUAGUGGAGUUACUACGGGAGGCGAUUGACAGACUUGGGGGAGUAGAUGUGGAUGUCUUGGCCCUAGUUAACGACACUGUGGGAACCAUGAUGACCUGUGGAUACGAUGACCAAAACUGUGAAGUCGGAGUCAUUGUGGGCACUGGCACCAAUGCGUGCUACAUGGAGGAGAUGAGGCACAUUGACCUGGUGGAAGGGGACGAGGGCCGGAUGUGCAUCAACACGGAAUGGGGAGCUUUUGGGGAUGACGGCUCACUUGAUGACUUCAUCACGGAUUUCGACAGAGAGAUUGACGCAGCGUCCAUCAACCCCGGGCAGCAACUGUUCGAGAAAAUGAUCAGUGGCUUGUACAUGGGCGAGCUGGUGAGACUCAUCCUCCUGAAGAUGACUAAGAAAGGCUUGCUAUUCAACAGCCAGGCAUCCGAUGCUCUGCGAACCAAAGGCAAAUUCGAGACCAAAUACGUCUGUGCCAUUGAGAAGUACAAGGAGGGUUUGAGCAACACAAAAGAGAUCCUUACUUCUCUGGGCCUGGAUCCCUCAGAGCAAGACUGCAUCGCUGUCCAGCACGUCUGCACCAUUGUCUCCUUCAGGUCCGCCAACCUCUGCGCCGCGGCCCUGGCGGCCAUACUCACGCGCAUUCGGGAGAACAAACGGCUCAAGGUCCUGAGGACCACCGUGGGAGUGGACGGAACCGUCUACCGGACCCACCCCCAAUACGCCAAGCGGCUGCACAAGGUGGCACGCCGGCUGGUGCCCGACUGCCACGUGCGCUUCCUGCUCUCGGAGUGCGGCAGCGGCAAGGGCGCCGCCAUGGUGACGGCGGUAGCGCAAAGACUGGUGUCCCAGCACCGGCAGAUCGCGGAGACCCUGGCCCCCCUCAGGCUGUCCCGCCAGCAGCUGCGGGACGUCAGGGACAAGAUGAGGGUGGAGCUGGAGCGCGGCCUGAGGAGGGACACGCACCACACCGCCUCGGUCAAGAUGCUGCCCACGUACGUGUACAGGACGCCCAAUGGGACAGAAAGGGGGAAGUUUCUCGCACUGGACCUUGGAGGGACCAAUUUCCGGGUACUUGUGGUCAAAAUCCGCAGUGGGUUGCGUAGAUCAGUCCGAAUGUACAACAAGAUCUAUGCCAUCCCUUUGGAAAUUAUGCAAGGAACUGGAGAAGAGCUCUUUGAUCACAUUGUACAAUGUAUUUCGGAUUUCCUUGACUACAUGGGGAUGAAAAACAGUCGGCUACCUUUGGGAUUUACCUUCUCUUUUCCCUGCAGACAGGCUGGAAUUGACAAGGGAACACUUGUCAGCUGGACUAAAGGGUUCAAAGCCACAUACUGUGAAGGAAAUGAUGUAGUAGACAUGUUAAGAGAAGCCGUUAAAAGAAGAAAUGAAUUCGAUUUGGACAUCGUCGCGGUUGUGAACGACACUGUGGGAACGAUGAUGACGUGUGCUUACGAAGAUCCAAAUUGUGAAAUCGGACUCAUUGCAGGGACGGGGAGCAACGUGUGUUACAUGGAGGAAAUGAAGAACAUCGAGAUGGUGGACGGAGAUGAGGGCCGGAUGUGUGUGAAUACUGAAUGGGGCGGAUUUGGAGAAAAUGGCUGCAUCGAAGACAUAAGAACAAAGUUUGACAGAGAAGUGGAUGAAGGGUCUCUGAAUGUAGGCAAGCAAAAGUUUGAGAAGAUGACCAGUGGCAUGUACCUGGGGGAGGUCGUGCGGCAGAUCCUCAUCGACCUGACGAGGCGAGGCCUGCUGUUCCGAGGCCGCAUCACCGAGCGCCUCAAGACCAGGGGGAUAUUUGAGACCAAGUUCCUCUCUCAGAUUGAGAGUGACCGCCUGGCCCUCCUCCAGGUCCGAGCCAUCCUGCAGCAGCUGGGCCUGGACAGCACGUGCGACGAUAGUAUCGUCGUGAAGGAGGUGUGCGGCACGGUGUCUCGCCGAGCGGCGCAGAUCUGUGGGGCCGGGAUGGCCGCUGUCGUGGACAAGAUCCGUGAGAACCGGGGGCUGGACAACCUGGACAUCACCGUGGGGGUUGACGGGACUCUCUACAAGCUGCAUCCACACUUCUCCACCAGCCUGAGGGAGACGGUGCAGGAGCUCGCGCCGCGGUGCAGCGUCACCUUCGUCCUCUCCGAAGACGGGAGUGGGAAGGGUGCCGCCCUCAUCACGGCGGUGGCUCGGGGCCUCCACACGCAGGCGUAGCGCUUGGCGGGACUCGCACGGCCCUCAUGGUUCUCCGCAGCCUGAGAUUUCGCCAACAGGGCCGCAAACCUGCAGCCUUUCAAAGACAGCGGAGGAGUUCAUGAAGGAUCACGCAGCAAAGCUACCGAAUGAGGGUUUUCGCAUUAGGAAACAGUAUGCCGUACUGAGGGCUGGUAAAUGGGAUUCACCACUGUUGAGCAGACAUGCUGCCGAUAAUGCCCAGAAAUAGGAAAGGGGAUCUUCCUGUGAUUUGUGAAUCAACCUACAAGCAUAACACUCCAAUUCUCCAGAAUCCGCAGAACGAUGUUUUGUCAAAUUCAAAAAACCGUCCUGUGGAAGUCCGCUCCUUCAUUAUGAGAAAGUCUCGUUUUCUAGUAAAGGCUGCCACAACCCAGAGCUCACACCAGAAACACAGGGCAUGAGGCGAGAACAGGAGCUCUUGACCACUCUCGCCAGCCAUUGGGACGCCAGUCGGUGGUAGGGCCUCGGAGAAAUAGACCAUUUAGAAUAGCCAACCAGAUCUAGCCAGCAUGUCCCUGGAGAUGGGAGGAAACUGGGGUGCCUGUAGAAAACCCAGGCAAACUGAGGGAGAACUUGCAAACGCCCGACAGAAGAUUCCCCAUUAGAUUUAAUCCUAGGACUCCAGAACUCUCAGAAGGCAGCAUUAAUGACCCUGUGUGUCACCCCACAGUGAAAAUGAGUUGGAAAAUAUAUUCAGAUUGAUGAUGGCAUAAUAAUCUUCUAAAGCUUUAUUUUUGGAUUAUGCACAACACAGGUGAUUAAGAAAAAGAAUAAGGUAAUGUAAUUACAUAGACAGUAGUGCUCCAAUUUUAGAUGUGGGUAUGGUUCAUACUGUACUUGUGUCCAGUAACAUUGCCUUGCAUAGAGUUGCAGGUUUAUAGCUGUUAACUCAAUUUACAUAUUCUGCUACCUACGUAAUUCCUUGGAUAAUGAGACAAGAACUGGCUCACAAAUUAGACGAUCUGUAUGAUAAGAAUAUGUAUAGUGUAGUCUGUAUGGUAAGAUUUUACUGAAAUGUAAAUAUGUUGUAAAGGAAAAAAUCUUUUACAUAUUUUAUCACUAAUCAAAUUACAAAAUUAAUAAAAACUUGGGAACAAAAGCAUUUAAUAAAAUAGCUAAAAAUAUGCUGUUUUAUUAAAACCAUUUUCUGUUUACAUUCUAUUGGCCUGUGAUUUUUAAAGCAAACCUUACACAUCUAAUGCCAACAGAGCAAUUCAAAAAGGGAAGCUCAUGCACACAAGAAAACAAGGAAGAGCAAACAAAAUGGGGUUAUAUAUUUUAAAUUUACAGUUUACUGCAGAGUAACAGUUAUGUUAAAUGCUAUUAAUAGAUUUGGAUUAAAAUCUAUGUUAGACUUGGACCUUGCAACACAUGAAAUGAAAUAACCAUUUAUCUGGCACAACGUUUAACAAAGCUGAAUGGAAAGGUAUUGAAUUAUAUCUCCUAAAUCUGCUUGCCAGCUUUACAAUCUGCCAGGUGGAUGGGCCCGGGGAAAAGUUGCUCACAAUAAUCCCUCUCCAUCCAACUUUAAUGCGGGGGUGACCGCUGCUCAGGCCCUGACAGUGGACAUGGACACAUACUUAGGUGUCUCUACAGGCAGAGACAAAGGCAAGACUGCUGGACAACUCAGUCCUUUUCUUUGUUUGUAUAGUGCAUGUCUUGGCUAUAAAUUUGGGGUAGAACACAUGCUACAUUAUAAACUUGUGCUUAUAAAUUUAAAUUACUGUAUUUUUUAUCUUUUUAGCAUUAAUUUGUGGUUGUGUAAUGAGGUACAGGAUAUGCAUUGCAUUAAAAAAUUGCAGGUUACAUUCUUGAUUUACCAUUACUUUUUUGCCCGGAGUAGAGGAGAUAAUGGGAAGAUUCUUUGAUUUAAAAAAAUGUAAAAAGAAAACAAGUUUAUAAAGCAGAACAGAUGCAAUCUAAAGAAAUUUGUUAAAACUACAAGUUCUUUGCAUAGUAAGAGUCUCCCGGGCUAGAUUAAAACUUUAUCAUACCAUAUAACCACCAAUUCCAAAUGCAGUACCUGCUGGUGGGCACUGUUGGCAUUGGUAAACAGGGCACAGUGUGGAGUUAAUCCAGGCCUCUGUCACGUUAAAGGCUCCAUAACUCAACUAUUAACUGACUUAAUGACCUUCAUUUCAAAUUCAAAAUGGUGCUAUGACCUCCAAAGUGCCUUGAGCUACCAGGAUCAAAGGACUGGAAAAUCUUUAAAUGGCUCCAGUCUGCCUCCUGUGAAAGGUUCAUUUAUAAUUUCCUAAAUCCACAGCUGGGUGCUCUGUCAAUGUGGUGUGAUUUGGGACAGCUCACCAAUGGUGAACAAAGCGUUGCUGACAAACGCAAUUGUGCCUUGAUUAGCAUACCUUUAAAACAAUAAAAAAAAUUCAUGAGUUACAGAUUGCACGAUGUGUGAAUUUCUGCUUCCAAAUGCCACUCUCAAGAA